AUGCGCUACGGGAAAACGUUGCGAAAUUCCAUCUACCCGCCAUGGAGUAGGAGUUAUAUCGACUACAACAAAUUGAAGAGAUUGCUCCGGGAGCGUGAUGUCAUUGGCGACGAUAGCGAUACCGACACCGCAUGGACGGAACAGGACGAAGAAGCCUUUGUGCAGGAACUGCUCAAUGUGCAGCUUGAUAAGGUCAAUGCCUUCCAGGUGCAGACCUCCCAGCAAUUGAGGGAACGCACCACCGCGUGCGAGGACAAACUCCGGCCUCUGGCCCACACUGAAGAGGAUGCCCCUUCUGUUGCUGAAGAGGACAGGAUUAGGAUUGCCUCCGAGGUUCUGGCAGAGCUGGACGACAUCACCAAGGAAGUCAGCGAGCUAGAGAAAUACAGCCGUAUCAACUUUACUGGCUUCCUCAAAGCCGCAAAGAAACAUGACCGAAAACGAGGCGCUCGAUACCGGGUGAAGCCUUUGCUCCAAGUCCGAUUGUCACAGCUACCAUUCAACUCGGAAGAUUACUCGCCCCUCGUCCGCAGGCUCUCGGUGGUCUACUCUUUUGUGCGCGAGAUCCUGAGCACGAAAAGUGCAGAGCCAGAACCUGGGUUCGGCCAAGACCAUUACUCCUCGUACAAGUUCUGGGUGCACUCGGACAACAUGUUGGAGGUCAAGACUCUGAUUCUCCGCAAGCUCCCGGUUCUCAUCUACAACCCAAAGUCCUCAAAGGAACUGGAGAGUCACGCCAACGACCCAACAAUCACUUCGCUAUACUUUGACAACCCCCAGUUCGAUCUCUAUACACAGAAAGUUGCUCGUAGCCCUGAAGCUGGCUCGCUGCGGCUACGAUGGACCGGAAACCUCAACGAAAAACCGGCAAUUUACCUGGAGAAAAAGAUCGUGACUAGCGACAACUUCAGCAAUGAGGUGAAGGUUCAGCUGAAGCAGAAGCACGUCAAGGAGUUUCUUGACGGUGAGUAUCGGUUAGAGAAGCAGGUGCAUAGAAUGGAAGAUAUGGGGAAUGGAGAAGUGGAGCAUGCGGUGUCUUUGAAACGCGACGUCGAAGCGCUGCAGUCUUUCAUUAAGGAAAAUAACCUCCAGCCUAUGCUCCGCGCCAACUACACUCGCACUGCCUUCCAAAUCCCCGGGGACGAUAGAAUUCGCAUAUCACUUGAUACGAAUCUCGCGCUCAUCAGAGAAGACUCGCUGGACAGCGAGCGCCCUUGCCGUGACGAGAAUCAAUGGCACCGUACCGACAUUGAUGAUGCUGGCAUGGAGUAUCCCUUCUCCGCCAUCAGGAAUGGCGAAAUAGUCCGCUUCCCUCAUGGCCUGCUAGAGAUAAAGCUUCGUGGGAGUGCCGCGCACAAUUCGGAAUGGGUAAAAGACUUGAUGGUGUCUCAUCUUGUCAAAGAAGCUCCCCGCUUUUCGAAGUUUGUCCAUGGUGUCGCACAGCUCUUCGAGGAUCAUGUCAAUAGUUUCCCAUUCUGGCUCCCCGAGCUGGAAAACGACAUCAGGCGUGAUCCUGAAACGGCGUUUCACGAAGAACAGGAACGUCAGGCCAAGCAUGCCGAGGAGGACAUGGCAGUUGGGAGCUUUUUAGGAGCGAAAUCUCCCCCUACCCGGCCUCUCGUGGGGUCUCCCAUCACAAGGUUUAUUGACCUCGAACCUUCGCGGCCGCGACAGAUAUCGCAAUUUUCCAUGCCACAACCGACGCCCUCCGCCGUGCAGGAUCGCCAGCGCGAUGUUGACAGAGAUCGUCAGGAAGAGCCUGCGCUUAUUGAAAGGGAAGAAGGGCCAGUUACACAAUCCCGCUUGGCUGCCUUAUUCCCGUCUUUUGCCGGCAGACGUCGCUCUGUUGCUCUGCCGCCGGGUGUGAAGGAGCCAGGUUGGUGGAUCAAGGAUGCUGGACCCGUUCGCGUCGAAACCAAGGUCUGGCUGGCGAACCAACGAACCUUUAUUAAAUGGCUACAUGUCAGCAUUUUGCUCUCGUCUCUUUCUCUUGGUUUGUACAAUGCGGCAGGCAAGCAUAAUGAUAUAGCUCGUGCACUGUCCAUCGUUUACACCGGCUUCGCCAUCUUCUCGGCGGUCUGGGGUUGGUACAUGCAUGAGAAGCGCGCAAGACUUAUCCGAGCACGAAGCGGGCGUGACCUCGAUAACACAUUUGGCCCAAUUGUCGUGUGCGUUGGAUUGGCUAUUGCGUUAGUCCUGAACUUCGCCUUUAAAUACACCUCUACACUCGAAAAAAUUCGCAGGAAUCACGCAAUCGACGAGAGCGACGUGGAAGAUUCUUUUUUCAUGGCCAUGAGGCCAGAGGUCUGGAAGCUGAUUAAUCAACAACCUCUCGGUCGCGAGUGA